GUUUCGGCGUGAGAUGAAAAAGAGGCGUCAUCUGCCUUCGUUUAUGCUGGGAUCUUGCAGAUCUUGACUGUUUUGGCGCUGAUCAUACACAGCUCUUCGACAAUGCGGCUCGUUGCGUUCGGCGGUGCCGUCGUGUGCGCCAGCAGCAUCCCUGCGGCAUCGCCAGCAUCCGCGGACACAUCACCGAGGCGUUCUUUGUCAUUCACGCCGCUCUUCCCGCGGCAAAAUCAUCGGCCAGCAAGGAGCCCUGCAACAGCACGGCGCAAGCGGUCCCUCUUUCAUCGCACUGCGAGUGCAUCCCCGUCCCCCUCCUCCCGUGUCCUCCAGCCGUCCUUGAUGAGAAGAAUCGCGCAGCCACUCACUGCAGGGGCAGUUGGUCUGUUCGUCUUUCUUGCAUCGGGGAGAGCGCUGCCUGCGUUCGCAUCGCCGCUGCACUCUCCCCUCGCCCGUCGGCUCGCAUUGGCCGGUGGGAGGGUGUCAUCGGCUGCUGGGAGUGUGUCUGCGACGCCACAGCGGCUGGCGCUCGAUUCGAUGACGUGGCUCGCGUUGUUCUUGCUGUCUGCCGCCUUCCACGCGGCAGAGAAGGCCGUGGACAAUCUGUACCCAUGGAAGGUGCGCUUGCGAUGAAAUGUACCGACUUGAUUGUCUCUGUGAAUCAUCUUUGUAUUGCUUGCAGAUCAAGGAGUUUGCCGAGGAGGAGGGCCCUACCAGCCCGUUUGCCAAGCUGAUGAACGACAUACUGGGCUUCCAGUUCGCCAUCCUCGUCACCACCACCGCCUGCACCAUCUUCAGCGCCGGCCUCUUCGCCAACGUCAUGCUCAUGGCAUUCGGGCCGAAAUCAGUCACCUACGCGUCGGGCGUGCUGACCCUGCUGACUGUCUUCUUCGCUGAGCUGCUGCCAAAGGCCCUCGGCGUGAGCCAGCCAGAGGUGGUGGCGCGGUCGAUGGUCGGCCCUGUCAUCCUUAUCAGCAGCGUGCUGCGGCCCAUCAGCGGCCUCUUCACUCGGGCAUCGACCCUCAUCCUGCAGCUCUUCCGUCUUGACCCCAAGAAGGGCGACGGCGUGUCAGAGGAGAUGCUGCGGCUGAUGAUACUGGGUGCAAAGGAGAGCGGGGGCAUUCAGAUGGAGGAGGGGUCGAUGAUGGAGUCGGUGCUCAAGCUGGAGGACAAGAAGGUCAACGAAGUCAUGCGGCCGCGCGUCGAUGUUGUGGCCAUCGACAGGAGGCGGAAGCUCAAGGAGCUCCUGCAAUUGGUCAGCCGGCCAGUCAGGAUGAGACACCAUAUGUAUGCACGGACGUGCAUGUGUGUGUGGUCAGGCCUAUGAGACGCGCUGUUCCCGCAUCCCUGUGUAUGAUGGCGAGAUCGACCAGUGAGCGAAUGAUGAGAGCGCAAUCACUGCAAAGCUUGGGCAUCUGCCAUGCAUGUGUGUGUAUCAGGAUCGUGGGUGUGGUGAAGCUCAAGAACGUGCUGCGGUACCUCAACGACCCAAGGAACCUGGAAACCGCCACCGGUAGAACACACGGACACACAGACUGACCGCCGAAUCGCUUACAUCUGUAUAUGUGUGUGCAUGUCAGUUGAGGCGAUCAUGCACCCCGAACGCGACAAACCCUACUUCUUCUACGAAAUGAUGGUACGCAUAUGGAAGAGACUACCGGUGACAUCCAUGUGUGUCUUCUUGUGUGUGCAGGCAGCAUGGGACGUGUUGCAAGAGAUGCGCCGUCACCGGUUCCACAUGGGCAUCGUGGUCGACGAACACGGCGGCACCGCGGGCAUCGUGACGCUCGAGGACAUACUCGAGGAGGUCGUCGGCGACAUCUACGACGAAGACGACGAAGAGGACUUCAGGUCAGUCACCCCACACACCCACCCACCAAAACACAGACGUUGGUCGAUGCAUGUGUGCGUCUGUGUGUAUGUGUGUGUGCAGGGAGGAGGAUGACAUGAUCAUCCACAACGAGGCCGAGCAUUAUUACGAGAUCAGCGGGGCGGCCGACCUUCGGGCCGUCGAGAAGUUCCUCGGCCUCGACAUCGACGAAGAGAGCCUCUCGUCAUUUAACUCGCUAUCAGGCAUGCAGGCCGCCCACACACCCACACACAGCCCAACACAACACAACGAAUCAAUCCACUAUCUGACGUUGCGGGCACAUCGGUCAGGUUAUCUGUGUGACGAAGCGGGCCGCAUCCCCGACAAGGGCGACUACCUCCUCAUCGGCAGCUACUCAUUCAAAGUAAGUACGCCACCCACCCACCAUCCACCAUCCAUUGCUUCCUUCCUCUGCCUGCGUGCCUGUCCUGCAGGUGAUCGACGCGGACGACAAGCGCGUGUUGCGGCUGCGCGUCGAGAGCAUCGGCGACAUGGAUGAUGAGGAGGGCCCCGAGGCAGAGAGGGACCAGGCCGACAGCAGCAGACUGACGGCAGUCGAGACGGACGAGGCGAUGGCGGUGCCGCAUCCCAUCACCAUAUAGACUGGCUGGCUGUCUGGCCUACGGCCGUCUGGAUGGAUGGAUGGAUGGAUGCAUCGGGUGGUGGGGGGCGGGUGGGUGUGCAGCUGUGGUGCCUCUUUUUCACUCAGUGGCCAUAAAUGACACACAGAGACACAGACGGACAAGAGCCUUCGUGUGUGCGCGGAGACUGAUGGCAAGUAUCAUCUGGUACUUCUGCGUGUCGUCUAGUCACAUGUCAGACGGGAGAGGCCCACAGCAAUUAUCAGAAAGAGCACAAAGCAGACUUCCGUUGAGCAGAAAGCAGACCAGUCCACGUACAUUAUCGAAUGUGCUCGCACGAAGACAAACUGAACAGACAACGCAGCCUUACGCAAGUCAACCA